AUGAACAUCGGUGGAGGUACGAUUACCCGAGCGGAACUGAUGGGCAUUCGGCAGGGAUUGCAGGUGGCUUGGGACCUGGGUGUUAGGAAAGCAAUCCUUCGGUCGGAUUCCAAGAGCGCGAUCGAGUUGAUCGCGUCAGCCACUACUUCUAGCCCACACUUCCAGCUGGUGUCACAGGUACGGCGGCUCAUCAACCAGGAAUGGGAAGUUCGGGUGGAACACACGUACAGGGAAGGCAAUGUGGUGGCGGAUUACUUGGCAUCGACAGGCUACAAUCUCCAGGUGGGGGUGCAUUUGAUCACGGUUCCCAGUCCGAUGUUGCAGCACUGGAUCUUGUUCGACCUUGUAGGGAAUGCCACUCCCAGAUACAUGUUUCAGUGA